AUGGCGUCGACUUUACUCACUACGGCGACUACGGCGGCGCCUAUUGCGGCGCCUGUUGCGGCGCCUACUGCCGCAUCAACCACGUGCACUGGUGCAGCCGAAGUCGCCUCCCUCCCUGCGCCAACCAAAGACCACGUGGACCCCACGUGGCUGAGCGCCGCGCUGGGCCUUCCAGCUACAGCCGUCGCGUCAGUGGUCGUGCGGCCAUUCGCCGGCGACUUCUCCCCGAUCGUCAAAGCGCGCCUUGACGUCACCUACACCGAUGCUUCGCGCACACCUCACGGCGCGGACUCCGGCGCGGACUCUGGCGCGGACUCCGGCGCGGAUCCCGGCGACUCGUCAAAUCGGCCCAGGUCACUCUUCAUGAAGCUCCUUCCGCCGCCGGACACGUCAGCAGGGGCGACGGCGCAGCAGCACCAGCUAGGCGACGCGAUACUCGCGAUGGUGAAGCAGGCGCAUCGGGUGGAAGCCGCGUUCUACACUCUCGCCAUGGCGCCGCGUUCGCGCCACGUGGCCGCGAUGGUUCCGCGCGCGUAUCACGCCAAUCCCGACCAAGCCAUCUUACUCGCCGAUCAGCUGCUGACGUGGGACGAGCUGAUUGAGUCACGCGCCGCCCGGGUGAUGAUCCCCGUGGAGCACAGCGCCGACAAGCUCGCCGCCCUGAUGCUCCAGUUCGCCGCCCGGUUCUGCCCGGACGAUGCCGAGCCAGGGAGUGCGCUGCACACGCUCUGUGCCGCAAGCGCUCGGGUAGGGUAUGCAGGGCUGAUGCGUGCAAUUACUCUUCCGCCUGCUCCUGUUCCCCCUGCCGCACUUCCCCCGACCAGCCGGCUGGGGGGGAUUCUUCACGGGGACCCGAACCCUGGGAAUGUGCUGUACCACCGGGGGAGGAACGAGGCUCUUCUGAUAGACUUUCAGGACACGGCUGCGGGUGCACCCGGCAUUGUAGACCUGGCUCGCCUGCUGCUGUCCUCCCUGCAGCCUGCAUCGCGCGCCAGGGUGGAAGAGGAGGUCGUUGAGGCGUAUUUGAAGAGUUAUGAGAAGUGCUACCAGGAGCAGCAGCAGGAGCAGGAGCAGCAGCAGGAGCAGCAGGAGCAGCAGCCAUCCGAAUCCCAUUUGCCAGUGCUGCCAGUCUUCAAGAGAGAUCUGCUGCUGGCGAUGCUGGGUGAUGCGAUGAUGAUCAUGGCGUCUGUAGGGUUCACACUGGACGCGAGGGGCCCCGCGCUACUGUACGCGCUGGGAGAGAGGAGCAUCAUGUGCGUGCGGGACCACUGCAAGGAGAUGCUUGCUGCUGUGGAGGAGUUUUGA